GGACUGGGGCGGAUAGAGAGAGGCCAGCCAUGUAACGCCUGUGGUGACCAGUGCCCCGGGUUCGCCUUGCAUAAAUGGAGGAAGAUCUGCUUGCACUGCAAGUGCCCUCAGGAGGAGCACAUGGUGACAGUGAUGCCCCUAGAGAUGGAGAAGACUGUCAGCAAACUCAUGUUUGACUUCCAGAGGAACUCGACCUCAGACGAUGACUCAGGCUGCGCCUUGGAGGAGUAUGCCUGGAUCCCACCAGGGCUGAAGCCUGAACAGGUUCACCAGUACUAUAGCUGUCUCCCAGAAGAGAAGGUUCCUUAUGUCAACAGUCCUGGAGAGAAACUUCGGAUCAAGCAGCUAUUACACCAGCUGCCGCCACAUGACAAUGAGGUUCGAUAUUGCAACUCCCUGGAUGAGGAAGAGAAGAGGGAGCUAAAGCUCUUCAGCAACCAGAGGAAACGGGAAAACUUGGGCCGAGGGAAUGUCAGACCCUUCCCAGUCACGAUGACAGGAGCUAUUUGUGAGCAGUGCGGAGGCCAGAUUAACGGCGGGGACAUCGCCGUGUUUGCAUCGCGCGCCGGCCACGGGGUUUGCUGGCACCCGCCGUGCUUCAUAUGCACCGUCUGCAACGAGCUGCUGGUGGAUUUGAUCUACUUUUACCAGGAUGGGAAGAUCUACUGUGGCAGGCACCACGCCGAGUGCCUGAAGCCGCGCUGCGCAGCCUGCGAUGAGAUCAUCUUUGCAGACGAAUGCACAGAAGCCGAGGGGCGGCACUGGCACAUGAAACACUUUUGCUGCUUCGAGUGCGAGACAGUGCUCGGCGGCCAGCGCUACAUCAUGAAGGAGGGAAGGCCCUACUGUUGCCACUGCUUCGAGUCCCUGUACGCGGAAUAUUGCGACACCUGUGCUCAACACAUAGGGAUCGACCAAGGUCAGAUGACCUACGAUGGCCAACACUGGCAUGCCACCGAGACCUGUUUCUGCUGUGCUCACUGCAAGAAAUCCCUCCUGGGGCGGCCGUUCCUCCCAAAGCAGGGCCAGAUAUUCUGCUCACGGGCCUGCAGCGCCGGGGAGGACCCCAAUGGCUCUGACUCAUCCGAUUCGGCCUUCCAGAACGCCAGGGCCAAGGAGUCCCGGCGCAGUGCCAAAAUCGGCAAGAACAAGGGCAAGACGGAGGAGCCCAUGCUGAACCAGCACAGCCAGCUGCAGGUGGGCUCCAACCGGCUGUCGGCCGACGUGGACCCCCUGUCGCUGCAGAUGGAACUGCUCAGCCUGUCCAGCCAGACGCCCAGCCUCAGCCGGGACCCCAUUUGGAGGAGCCGGGACGAGCCCUACCAUUACGGGAACAAGAUGGAGCAGAACCAGUCCCAGAGUCCUCUGCAGCUUCUCAGCCAGUGCAACCUCAGAACUUCCUACAGUCCGGGAGGGCAGGGGGCUGGGGCCCAGCCCGACAUGUGGGGCAAGCACUUCAGCAACCCCAAGAGGAGCUCAUCACUGGCCAUGAAGGGGCACGGCGGCAGCUUCAUGAAGGAAUGCCGUGAGGACUAUUACCCGGGAAGGCUGAGAUCCCAGGAGAGCUACAGCGAUAUGUCCAGUCAGAGCUUUAGUGAAACCCGAGGCAGCAUCCCAGUCCCCAAAUACGAAGAGGAGGAGGAGGAAGAAGAAGGGGGCAUAUCUACUCAGCAGUGUCGGACCCGCCAUCCAAUCAGUUCCCUGAAAUACACCGAGGACAUGACGCCCACAGAGCAGACCCCUCCUGGCUCCAUGGAAUCACUGGCCCUGUCGAAUGCAACAGGCCUGUCCGCAGAUGGUGGCGCCAAGCGCCAGGAGCACCUGUCCCGGUUUUCCAUGCCUGACCUCAGCAAAGACUCUGGAAUGAAUGUCUCUGAGAAGCUGAGCAACAUGGGCACUCUAAACUCGUCCAUGCAGUUCCGGAGCGCAGAGUCCGUCCGCAGCCUGCUCUCCGCCCAGCAGUACCAGGAGAUGGAGGGAAACCUCCACCAGCUCGGCAACCCCAUCGGGUACAGAGACCUGCAGUCCCACGGAAGGAUGCACCAGAGCUUUGACUUCGAUGGAGGGAUGGCAGGCAGCAAGCUGCCAGGGCAGGACGGCAUGAGGAUCCAGCCCAUGAGCGAACGCACGCGGAGGAGAAGUACCUCCCGUGAUGACAGUCGCCGCUUCCGACCUCACCGGUCCAGGCGUUCCCGGCGCUCUCGCUCCGACAACGCCCUGCACCUGGCCAGCGAGCGCGAGGCCAUCUCCCGGUUAAAAGAAAGGCCCCCCCUCAGAGCCAGGGAGGACUAUGACCAGUUCAUGCGCCAGCGGAGCUUCCAGGAGAGCCUGGGCCAAGGCUCCCGCCGGGACCUGUACGGCCAGUGCCCGAGAACGGUGUCGGACCUGGCUCUGCAGAAUGCCUUUGGGGAGCGAUGGGGACCCUACUUCACCGAGUAUGAUUGGUGUUCCACCUGCUCUUCCUCUUCGGAGUCUGACAACGAGGGCUAUUUCCUAGGAGAACCAAUUCCCCAGCCCGCCCGCCUGCGCUACGUCACGAGCGACGAGCUGUUGCACAAAUACAGCUCUUACGGCCUCCCCAAGUCUUCCACGUUAGGGGGCAGGGGACAGGUGCACAGCAGGAAAAGACAAAAGAGCAAAAACUGUAUCAUUUCCUAA